GCAACACCGACUCUAAAAUCCACAAUUUCUUGAUUACGAUGUGGGAUUAUGUUUGAUUUGUCCUGAAUAUUUUGAUAAAAUAGUUAACAAUGUUUUACGAACCUGGGAUGAUAAAUUAACCUUAAGCACAAACCAAUAGUCAAGAUGAAUGAGAGGGAUAUUCCUAGCGUCCCGAUUACUACCUUAGCAGGAGUCGCCAGCUUGACAGAUCUAUUACCAGUGUUACCACUUCCGACACCUUUACCAUCCACAUUAAAUAACAAAUCACAAUUGUUUCACCCGAGAGUUGCUGAAGAGGCAGCUAUUCUGCUUGCAACUCGUGAUGACAACUUGGUUUCCUUGCUGCUACAAUCUCUCAUGCAAACUUCUGUUCAGCAUAUAGACCUGAAAGAUGAAAGCAUACCAAAUGCUGUCAGCCCAGCACCCCAACAAUCUACACCUGAAUUAUUAAAAGCAAUUUUAAGUGUAAAUCCAAAUGUUUUUGAAAAUCAGAACCAGAGAAAUCAUUGGGGCAAUCAUUUAAAUACCUCAAAAUUUAAUGGAAUGUCUCCAUCAUCCACAACAUUCAAUUACACAUCACACAACACUGUCCACUCAAGUCCGUCUUCUCACGGCACUGCUGUUCAUUCUGGCUCCAUUCCAAACCAGCAGAUCCUGGCUCCGCCUUGCCAGUCUUCCCCUCAUGUGAACAUGGGCUCUCCUCCAUCUCAAGCCAGACCGGGCAGUCAAGUUAACAUUACUGCCCAAAAUAAUGUCUCACCUCUAUGGAGCAGUGGCAAUUCCUCAAAUGUUUAUACAAGUCCUGUCUCAAACUCGUCUUGUUCCAACCCUCAGAAUGGUGGUUUCUACAAUAACCUAAUGCAAGAUAAUAGAACUUUUAAUACAAACUUAGCUGAGGAAAAAGACCCUCUUUCAAUGUCACCAAGGAACACCGACCAACAAAGACUCAUGCAAUCUCAGGAUAAGGCUUUUCAACCAGAUGGCAAUGUGGUGACAGGUCAGUCCCCAGCCCAAGCAAGUGUAGCGCCAUCGCCGCUGCGUCAAGAACCACAAGUGCCUCAACCGUCAAUGGGCGCCCCAUACGCGCCGCAAGCGCAAAGCACAACACAAGAAAAACAAGAUCCCUCCAAGAGUACCAAUAUUGUAAACAACAGAUUUCCAGUUGUCAAAAUUGGGCGUUUAUCGGAGGGAAUAUUGAAAAAGCAUGACUUUACUGGUGAUGAAAGGUCAAGGAAGAACAGUACAAUUGAAUCAGAUUCCGACGACAAUUUACCAUUGAAGACAAAGUCCAAUAGUUCGGCACCACCCGUGGAUAAGGAGCGGGAAGCAAUAGAUAUCGCCAGAGAAAAGAACUGGGAGGCAGUUAAGAGGAAGCAUGAGGAAGCCAGUAGAAAAGAGGAAGCAGAGGCUACAAUUGUGCGGCCGAAACUAAGAAAGGUUGAAAAGAGAUUAGUACCUGUAUUAGAAAUGCUCUCGGUAGAUGAGCUAAUGGAGACAAACACAUACCAACGGUUCAACAAACUUAUUGAGACGGUAUUUGAAACUAUUGACGAUGACGUGAUUAUAACUGACGAAAUGGAAGGAUCAGAUAUUCCAGAAGAGUUGUUGCUUCCGCGCUACCAGCUGCAAGAGCUAUGUUCAGAAGCUGCCAAGCUCAAGACCUUAGGUGCUAUGGGGUCCAUUCCCUUCGACAGAUUAGUUCGACUGCUUAACUUGUUGGAGAAGAAUAUAAGAGCUGCUGAAAAAAUGUCUCUUGUUGGUGAUCCUGAUGACAGUGAAGAAAUGCGGCAGAUCUGGAUUGAAUCUGCAUUGGAACGGGUCAUGUGCGCCUCGGACGCUUGUUUGACAUCUCUGUACAUAAUGACUUCCCCGAAUAUGCCCAAACGUGUAUUCCUAGAGGAUGUUAUAGAUAGGAUCAUUAUGUUCAUAAAAUUCCAACUCAACAAUACUAUUUAUUGCGUUUACGACCCUGUCUACAGUAUCCAGUCUACUUCGAAAAAGAAAGUGGAUGGGCGCAAGCGUCGCGGCGGUGGCGCAGGCAACGCAACGCGGCGUUGUGGCGGCUCAACGAAAGCCGUGCGUGAUUUGUACACUCAAGCACACGAAUGCGUCACACUACUGGCAGAGCUGUUGGCCGCUCAUCACCUCACUGACACUACCGUACUGCACGCCUCCACUGUCGGCGUGUCUCCCUUCUUCGUGGAAAACGUCAGUGAACUCCAGCUGGCGGCUUUGAAGCUGGUAACCACGAUAUUCACAAAAUACGAGCAGCAUCGACGUCUGUUACUGGAAGAUAUACUGGCAUCGAUCGCGCGUAUACCGAGCUCCAAACACAACUUGCGCUCGUUCCAACUCAACUCGGACCAGCACAUUCAGAUGUUAACGGCGUUAGUACUGCAACUGGUGCAGUGUGUCGUCACCCUGCCAGAGACUUUGUGCAAAACACAGGACAAAGAUAAAGUGCACGAUGUAGAUAACAAGAAACACGUAGAUAAAGAUCUGAUGAUGAUAUCUAAGUACGAAGCAGCAAUCAGUGUGGGCGGUACAUUUCUGACGUCAUUUCUGAACAAGUGUCGCACGCGGUCUGAGGACGUGGACUUCCGACCGCUGUUCGAGAACUUCGUACACGACCUCCUCACCACCGUCAAUAAGCCAGAGUGGCCUGCUACUGAACUGCUGCUCAGUCUACUGGGGACUAUGCUGGUCAAGUACAUGUCAGAUAAAUCAAUGGAGAUGUCAGUGCGGGUGGCGUCGUUGGAGUACCUGGGCCUGGUGGCGGCGCGGCUGCGACGCGACAGCGUGACGUCGCGCGCUAAGCUGUCCACCAUGGACGCUGUGGUGCGGGACAUCCGCGCCGAGGAAGAGAAGGAGGGCGGUGUCACACAGAGCGUUACGUCGGGUCUUGAUGAAGACGAGGAGAGAACGGAAUUCUUGCAGCGUGUGCUCUUGGACUACCUCGCAAUUAACGGGCAGAAGGAUCAGGCGUGGAGCUGUGCGCGGCACUUCUAUAUAACCCAGUGGUACCGGGACUUGAUCGUUCAGCCCAAGAGCUCUUCGCCGACGAAGCGGUCUAAAAACAAAUCCAAGAAGCGACACAAAGACGAUAGUAGCGAAGAAGAAUCCGAGCCCGACGAGGACAGCGAUGGUGAGAAGGAAUCCAAAUCUGACAAGAAGCACGUCAGCAGCGCCAUCAUGUCCGCAGAGAAAUUCAAGACUGUCGAACGAAGAAAAUCUUUCUUCUUGGAAAAGAUCCGACCGUUCAGGUACAAGGGCGGCGCUCAAGUACAAGUAAUGCAGUCGUACAUAGACUACAGCGGGGCGGAGCUGAUCUCGCAAUACUUGGCCUCCAAGAGGUCGUUCUCUCAGAGCUUCGAUAAAUAUCUGAGAAAGAUUCUGGUGAUACUGUGUGAGAAUACUAUAGCUAUACGGACCAAGGCUAUGAAGUGUCUGGCGAUGAUUGUGGAAGCGGACCCUAGUGUGUUGGCGCGGCCUGACAUGCAGAUAGGUGUGAAUCGGUCGUUCCUCGACCAGUCAACGGCCGUGCGCGAGGCCGCGGUCGACCUCGUAGGGAAGUUCGUGCUCAGCCGUCCGGAGCUUAUCGACAAGUAUUAUGGAAUGCUUUCCAACAGAAUAUUGGAUACCGGCGUAUCGGUCCGUAAACGUGUGAUAAAAAUUCUGAAAGACAUAUGUAUAGAGUGUCCCGAGUUCCCAAAAAUCCCUGAGAUUUGCGUGAAGAUGAUUAGGAGAGUGAACGACGAGGAGGGUAUAAGGAAGUUGGUGAUGGAGGUGUUUCAGAACAUGUGGUUCAGCCCGUGUCCGAACACGGCGCGGCCUGGCACGCUCGAUAUGACGGCCGCCGCCGCCGACCCGCUCACCAGGAAGGUUCUCAACAUUACUGAUGUUGUCAUAUCCUCGAGAGACAUCGGCCUCGAAUGGUUUCAACAACUACUGCAUAGUUUAUUCAAACCUAAGGAGGACAAGGAUGAUUCAACUAAAAUUAUUUAUCAACCGCCUAAAUCUUUAUUAGUAGCAUGUCAGCAAAUUGUGGACUGUCUUAUUGAGAAUUUGCUUCAGCUGGAAGAAUCUAAUACGGACGGAACCGGUUCGUCUCAGCGCAUCUUAGCGUGUCUUUCCACGCUACAUUUAUUUGCAAAAAUCAGACCACAAUUAUUAGUAAAUCACGCGCUAACGCUGCAACCGUAUCUGAGUUUGAAAUGUCAAAAUCAAUACGAGCAACAAAUAAUGUCGACGGUGGCUUCAACGUUAGAGUUAGUAGUGCCAUUGAUGGAGCAUCCGAGCGAGGUGUUCCUAGCACAGUUAGAGGAGGACGCGGUCAAGCUGAUCCUCCAGCGGGGCCAGCUGGUCAUCGCCUCGUGUAUCGCCUGCCUCGCAGCCAUCGUCAACACGCUAACGCACAACUACCGGCUUAUUCGAGACGUAUUCAAUAAGUACCAUGGUGUCUUACUCCAGUGGAAGCACAGUUGGCAGCGCAACCCAGAGAUGACGCGGACGUUGCACUCGCGGCCGUACUUCAGGCGCGCUCUGUUCAUCGUCGGACUGCUCCUACGUUACUUUGACUUCACUGAUGCUCAGGUCAUCGAGGGACUGCCGAGCGACAUAAAGGAGCAAGUAUACAAUACGCUGAUGUUCUUCGUGGGUCUAGAAGACGAGGAUUUUGUGUCGCAUACACUCAAGGCUUUGGGGUCGGUGUGCGUACGGCACUACGAGUUCAUGUUGCGGCCUGAACUGAAGGAGUUCUACCAUCAACUGCUGACGUCAGAACUGGCGCCUGUUGAGAUGAAGGCGGACGUGCUAAGGAAUAUUGAGAUGUAUCUGCAAGAAGAGGAACAAAGGAUGAUCCGCCAGGAUAAGGAAUGGUCAAAACGCUCAAAGCACGAGAACCUAAAGGAGAUGGGCGACGUAUCCUCUGGCAUGGCGUCGACAGUGAUCCAGCUGUAUUUGAAGGAGAUCCUCGCGGCGUCGCUGCACGGCACCACCGUGGUGCGCUCCAGCGCCAUGAAGGUGGUGCAGCUCGUGCUCGCGCAGGGGCUCGUGCACCCCGUUCAGAUCGUUCCGUACCUGAUAGCGAUGAGCACGGACACGGAGGUAACAGUGUCACACACGGCGGACAAGAACCUGCAGGAGAUCGACAAGAAGUACCCCGGGUUCAUCCACAUGAAGGCCCAGCCCGGAAUCAAGCUCUCCUACCAGCUCCAGAAGAUACUACAGACCAGCUCCAAGAACAGAAUCAUAAGAGGGUUUAGGAAAAAAGAACAAGAUGACUUACCAACUGCCCUCAACGGGUUUUUGUACUCAUUACUGAGAAACACGCGACCACAGCGGAGAGGACUGGUCCUGUCGCUACUUAAACAGUUCGAUGAUGUUUCGACUGCGCCCCUGGAUCAAAUGUUGUACCUGGCAGAUAAUUUAGGAUAUUUUCCAUAUCAAGUUCAAGAUGAACCACUUUUUAUUAUACAUCACAUCGAUAUCAUCAUCUCCACGUCAGGAUCGAAUUUAUUACAGCAUUUCCGUGAGGGUCUAAACAAGCCAAUCAGUGAGGAGAAGGAACCGCUAGACGAGGAAGAAGAUGACGAGGAGGCGGAGACGCUGGUGGCGCAGCUGCCGGCGUGCACGAUGCCGCUGCGCACCGCCAUGCGGCAGGCGCGCGGGUGUUUGCUGCUGCUCGUGCUGAAGCAACACCUCAAGCAACUCUACGGCUUCACUGACGCGAAAAUCAACCAGUACUCACCGUCGGAAGCCGCGAAGGUGUACGAGAAGGCGAUAUCGCGGCGGCACGCGCCCAUCUUCGAGCCCAAGGCGACCAUCGCGCAGCUGAAGGAACCCGACGAUGACGAUGAGCUCGACGAGCGCGGCCGCCGGAGGCUCGUCGAUGACUACCUCGAGUUCAAACAGCUCAUGCUGAAGUUUGAUCCCGAAGAAGAGGAGGAAGAAGACGCGGCGGCGGGCGCAGGCGGCGCGGCGGGUGCGGGUGGCGCGGGGGCCGGGGGCGGUGCGACGGGCGCGGGCGGCGCGGCAAUGAGCUAA